AACGCCUCGCGGUCGCGGGCUUCGUGGGCAACAAAUUCACGCACGCAGGAAGGUGCUUUAAAUAUUCCCAUGCACGGCGGCAGAGAAAGCGCCCACUCUAAAUGGUGAGCGGGGGACAUGCAAGAAAGCCUAUGUACAUCGCUCCACAAGCCGUUCACUUUAGCUUGCAAUUCUUGAAAUCGGUUGUAAACCCAACCGGGUCGUCCGAGCCUUCACUUGGCUCGCCCCGCGCGGCGGGGGGCGACUCCGACCGGCGAUCGGAGACGCUGGAGGCGCUGUCGUGGGCGCCUCACGGCUUCCUCGUGUCCGUCCACUUCUUCCACUGCGCGUUGCGCAAGCUCCCCUGCCAGCCGCUGGACGCCCCGUGGCCGUGGGAGCCCUUGGAAUUGCCGUGCGAGCCCUUGGCGCCCCCGUUGCCCGAGUGCUUGGGGCUCCGCGACCGGCCGCGCGGCAGCGUCCUCGGCCUCCGGGUUGGCUCCUCCCCCUUGCCGUAGCCGGCGGAAACCUAAUACCCUGCCUCCACGCCAGGCGGAAACCGUUGCAGAACGGGCGGGCCCCUUAGGGCCAUUUUGAGCCGGAU